AACAUCAUAAGAAAAUAUAAAAUAUUUAUAUUGAGUGCUGUGAUAUUAUAACAUUAACAAUGGAUUUGGAUCAAGAUGUAUUAACUAUAUUAAAGUUAUUAAUGAUAGGAGAAUCAAAUGUUGGAAAGUCAAGCAUAAUCCUCAGAUUUACAGAGGAUGAAUUUCAUGAGAAUAUGCAAAGCACAGUUGGCAUGGAUUACAGAACUAAACAAGUCACAAUUGAUGGUAAUACAGUAAAACUUGCAAUUUGGGAUACUGCAGGACAAGAACGUUUCCGUACUCUAACUCCUAGUUACUACAGAGAUGGGCAGGGUGCUAUAUUAGUAUAUGAUGUUACAGAUAGAGUUACUUUUAUGAAAUUAGAGACAUGGCUCAGCGAGUUGAAUACAUACUGCAAUAAGACAGAUAUUGUUAAAAUGGUAGUGGGUAAUAAGAUAGAUUUACCAAACAGAGAAGUAAGUACUGAAGAAGGCCUACAAUUUGCUAGAAGGCAUCAAACUCUAUACAUUGAAAGCAGUGCAAAAACAGCAGAUGGAAUAAAAUGUUGUUUUGAAGAACUUGUGCAAAAGAUAAUACAAACACCAGGUCUUUGGGAUCGACAUGCUCUUUUGAAAUCAUAUGGUAAUGGUAGUAUGGGGGGUGCAAGACAUAGAGGCCACAGAGGAUUACAACUAAUAUCUGAUGGUCAACCACAAGAACCACAUUCAAAUUGCUAUUGCAGUUUGAUUUAAUUCAUUGUAAUAUAACAAUCUGUUGGUGAUUGUUAGAAGGAAGCCAUACUUAUUAUAAUCUAAAUUUGAUUAAAUUAUCAAGUAUCAAAGUGUGAGAACUUUGAAGCAAAAGUGAAUAAUAAUA